GUGAAGAGCAGAAGAGUUUCUACUUCAAAACGAGUUUUAUUUUUAGUUGGUUCAUUUGUUUGCUCUUCUUUAAAAUAACCAGAAAGGCAUUAAAUUCCAAUUAAAAAGAUUCCUUCAGCGUUGAGCUGUGUAGCAUCAGCUCUGGAAUGCAGCACUCCUACACGGCCGCUUCCUGGCCUGUCUGGGUGUCCAUGAAACACACAAAAGCCUCCUUCCUCAUUAAAAGAAAAACAAUAAAAAUCUACUCCCUCGAAUUCAAGAACAGCCCAAAUUUCAGCCAGGGUGCCCUGGGGGUUGGCUUGGGUUGUUGGCCACGUUUUCCCCUGCGUGCUGAGACAGGGCUGCCGGCAUCCACCGAGCCCUCCGUAAUUUGACCGAUCCCGGGAGUCUCGGUGGGAAGCAGCGCUAGUGCAGGGUACAGCUUCUUUUUUUCUUUCCCAAGGAUUGGGGAGGGGAGUUUUUAUUGUGAGAAUACGGAAUCCUAAUAAAAAUCAAUGAAGUGAAUGUGAACAGGGGUAGGCAGCAGCCAGAUGAGCUGCACUCCUUAUUUUGCUUAGAGGCUCUGCCUUGAGCCCUUGAGGCUGCAGUUCAGCUUAUCGUGACAUUAUUUUUGCUCAUAUACAUAUAAACCAGGAAGCGCCUUCAGAUAACAUCAACAGCCACUUCCUUAUAUGUACAAAAAUAAAGUGCUCUGACAGCAGCAAAACUGACACUUUGAUUUCAGAAGGGAUAGAAACCUUUGUGCAUUUGUAGACCCACAUGGGCGUCACGCGGGGCCAAUCAGGAGCACAGGGGAAGAAGUUUAAAAACAAGCCCCAUGCAUUGCUGCCUGUACAUCUGUGCGGGAGCAGAAGGCGGGAGGAAGCCCGGAGCGGCGUUGAUUGCCGAGCCUCGGAAGCAGCAGCAAUGUUCACGGAGCAGCUCUAUGCGAUUCCCCUCGAAGUGUCGUCUAGAUUGUCGCAGACGUCCUCCCCACAGUCAGGCUGCCCGUCGCCUUCCAUCCAGACAGGCAAAGUCAUCUCCUCGUCCCAGAAGCACAGCAAGAAGGCACUCAAACAGGCCUUGAAACAGCAGCAGCAAAAGCAACAGCAGCAGCAAUGCAGAGCAGGCAUGCCCGUGUCGUCGAAUCAGCAUGUCCUUCUGAAGGCCGUCAAGGCGGCCAGUGACUCCGUGCCUGCAAAAUCUGCUUGGGAAGGAAAGCAGUCAGAUGGACAGUCGAGCAGCCCUCAGAACUCCACCUCCAGUUCCUCUCCCUCUGUUAAGCUUGAUAACUCCUUGCCAGGGUUGGGGAAGAAACCGUUCCAGAGAUCUGACAGGCUCCAUGCAAGGCAGCUGAAGAGAACAAAGUGUGCUGAAAUCGAUGUGGAAACCCCCGACUCCAUCCUCGUGAACACAAACCUGCGGGCACUGAUCAACAAGCAUACGUUCUCCGUUCUGCCUACAGAAUGCCAGCAGCGCCUGCUGCUGCUGCUGCCGGAGGUGGACAGGCAGGUUGGGGCGGAUGGUUUGAUGAAGCUGAGUGGCUCUGCGCUCAACAACGAGUUCUUCACUUCAGCGGCCCAAGGCUGGAAGGAGAGGUUGUCAGAAGGUGAGUUUACGCCAGAAAUGCAGCUAAGGAUACGGCAAGAAAUAGAAAAGGAGAAGAAGGUCGAGCUGUGGAAGGAACAUUUUUUUGAGAGCUACUAUGGUCAGAGUUCUGGACUAAGUCCUGAAGAGUCCAAGAGACUGACAGCAAACACCAGCCCUGCCGAGACAGAGCCUGUAAAUCCAGCAGCUGAACAGCCAAAAUGCACACCAGCCUCUCCGGCACCACUCAAAGAGGAGAUUACGUCUCCGUUGGAGUCUAAAGCACAAGCAGUCCAGGAAGCACCAGCGAUGAAAAAAGGAGGAGAGGAAAGACGAGAGGAGGCACAGCCAAAACCGGCCAAACCUGCCAAGGCCUUGGUUUCCCCAGAUGGGUGUGCAGCGAAACCUAGUGACCGUCCUCUCCCUGUGAAAGAGAGAGUCCAGGGAGAGUCCAUCCAAGAGAAACCACAGACUGCCAUUAGUCCAAAGGCAGAAGAAGAGAGGAAGCACGCUGCGGCAAAGGACGCGCCAGUGAGAGAGACUGCCAGUACCUCAGCUUUGGCCCCGAGUAAACCAAAGAGCCCCGAGGCAGGUGAAGUGGUCGCAAGCGUGAAAAGUCCAGUGACGGCUCCAGAAACACCAGAAAAGAAGCCCCCUGUAAAUGAAGACAUGGAAGUCAGUGUUGAAGCCCACAAGAGGAAGUCGGAGAGUCGCGAAGAAGCUCUAACCACUCCUGAAAAAAAGCCACGCGUCAUGGAGAACUGUCAGCACCACCAGGCUUUUCGGCCCCAGCCACAGUCCUUUCCUGCGGCGGGGACCCCGGUGCCACGGGUGCCCCCACUCAAGAUUCCUGUUUCCAGAAUCUCCCCGAUGCCAUUUCCUGCGGGCCAGGUCUCUCCCAGGGCACGUUUCCCAAUCUCGCUUACCAGUCCAGGAAGAACAGGGGCCAGAACUUUGGCAGACAUCAAGGCAAAAGCCCAGCAAGCCAAGGCUCAGAGGGCUUUUUUUGGACCGGGCGGUGGCGGGGGCCCACCGGGCGGUGGAGGAGAGAAGAGUAACGCAGCAGCGAGCGGAACCAGCGAAACUGGAAUUCGAGGAAACGCACUGGAACUGGCAGGAACUGGAAGCGGGGGAAGUUCGAGAAGGUUUCUUCCCCGUUGUCCAGGGACCCGUACCCAAAUGGAGACCCAGGCCGCGGACCCGGCACCACCUCACAGUCCUUCUGGAGCACAACUACAGCAAACUUCCACACUGCGACCCAGAACUCCAGCCAGCAAUACAGGCACCGGCGCCUCCGCCUCCGCGGGAUCGGCAUUAGAGAAAAUCAACAGAAUAAAACAGAGCCCCCCCAGCACGGUGGUAAAUCAGGUUUCAGGCUCCCCGUAUGCUGGUAGCGGUCACAGGCACGAGAAAGCACCUUCUGCUCCGGCAGGGCCAGGCCAGGCCUGCGGGGCCUCAGCUGUCAGGGAUGGAACAGUCUGCGUCACGGUGUCCGCAGCAGAUGCCGGCGCAAGCGUGACUGAUGUAGCACCUACGGCCUUAGGAGGGACCAGCUUAGAUGCUUCUAAAAGCAAAUCUCCUUCCCCUCUGAUGUCUUCGCUAACAUCCACGAGCCCAGAAGCCCGGGCUGGGGGUCUGGUCACAUCUGCCACGUCUGUCCCGCCCUCUAACGCUCUGUCAGUAGCGCCUUGCCUUAAAACUCAUGCAAGUUCAAGCUUAAGCGGGGCCCUCCCAAAGCCAAGCUCCAGUAUUCCUGCUAACAACCCUUUGGUCACCCAGCUUCUUCAAGGCAAGAACGUCCCUCUGGAGCAAAUCCUGCCGAAGCCGCUCACCAAAGCAGAGAUGAAAACUGUCCUGUUAGCUUCUCCUGAGGAAAAAGGGGCAGGAGCAGCCGCCGGUGCUACAGGCGUAGCAGGGAACGGCACUGGAGCCGAGGGUGGCGAAAGACAAUCGAGUUUACCCACACAACAGCUCGGGAAGAUCUUUUGCCAGAACAGGCCUCUGCCUCACAUUCCAAGGACCUUUCCGCUCCCCUCGGGAAAGGACCCCAGUCUUGACCAGCACCAGUGCCACGAGGCGCUCAGCAAAACCACCCAAGAGCAGAUCCUCCAGACUCUUAUCAAGAGGGUCCAGAGGCAGAAUUUGUUGCCAGUCCUUCAGCCUUCACAACUGAACCUCACUCACUCAGGUUUCCAGUUAGAAAACAGCUCCACCAGCCAGAGAUUUAUGCUGGGUUUCAUGGGCAGAAGGACCUCCAAGCCUGCUAUGUCUGGUCAUUACCUGCUCAACAUUUCCACCUAUGGUCGCGGUUCAGAGAGUUUGAGGAGAGGCUUCUCCUUGAACCCCGAAAGCCGCUUGUGUCUGAACAGCCCUGCUGAUGCUCCAAAACCAGAAUUUGGGGAAUGUGAGGAGCUAGCUGGCCACGGCAGCAGCAGCGAUGAAGGGGAUGCAGAUGAUGAGAGCACCGGUGAUGAACGCGACCAUACUGGUGUAAAAGAGGAGCCCCAGGCUGCCCAGGUUCCUGGUCAGUGUGAAAAAGAACAGGCAUCGCACAGCGUAAAUUCCUCGGAUUGCAGCACCCUUGCUACAAAGGGUGUAAAGGCAGAAGCAGCCGCCGCUCAGCAGGCAGCGGUCGGCAAGGAGAACGUUCAGGCAUUUGACGGAUCGACGUUAGCACAAGAUUUUAUUCAAGCCGCUCAAGAGCAAAUGGCACAUGCGAUGAGGGGGAAAAUGCACGGCAGUCCGGAGCUCUUCAGCGCUUCUGUCCCGUCCUUGGACUCUGCGCAGCAGCAGCCUCCGCUGCUUUCUCCUUCGCGCCCUCCGAAGCUCUCCGGAGGCGCUGCAGCGCAGCUCAUUGGGCCCAGUUACAGCGGCACAAUAAACGUCUCCACCUCCCCAGACGUCAACCAAGGGGCUCUCAUGACCGGGCUGUCCGAAUGCAAUCAGUUGUCCAGUAGCAUGGGGAACGUCAUGUCCUUUUCCGUGACUGUAACCACCAUUCCCACCAGCCCAGCUAUGAACCCUGGCGCCCACGCUCAGACCAUCCCCGUUCAAGCCUUCGCUGAAGACAGCGGCAUGGAGGAUUCCCCUUCCAAGUGUUACUGCAGGUUGAAAGCCAUGAUCAUGUGCAAGGGCUGCGGUGCCUUCUGCCACGACGAUUGCAUUGGCCCCUCGAAGCUCUGCGUCUCCUGCCUCGUGGUGCGGUAACCGGGCCGGGGAGCGGGGAAGAGGAUGGCUUGAUUCCGGUUUUGCUUUCGGAAGUACAUUGGGAAGAAACAGGAAAUCUACUGCCUUGCACAAGAGACACGUUACUGAAUCAGGAAUACAGAGUAGAGUCCUUCUUUCAUUAACGAAAGAGCACCUUCUUGUACAGUGAGUCUGAAUUGAGCUCAACCACGUGAAUUGUGACAAGAGUUUGCACUUAAGGAAUUAUGUAAAUAUGUCACAUUAUUUUGUUUAAAAAUAUUUUUUCAAUCUUUUAGGAGAUAGUGUUUGACUUGUACUGCAGUUUCAUUAACCCCAGCCCGCUAUCCAGCGUGUUUGCUGAGCUCUGCUCUAGGUGGGGGAGCGCCCCCCCCCACCCCCGGCAAAGCCGUAGCCUGUUGGUCUUCUCUGGACAAAGAGAAGAACUGGAGAAUCAAGACACCAAACGUUUGUCCUGACCGGUGGCGGAGCCCCGAAGCGGGAGCCCCUGCGGGGGCUCGCUUUGACGCUCUAAAUUUUCGUUUGAUUUUUUUGGGCAUUGGAAGGUGUUAACCGUGUAGCAGCCUUCCAAGCAGUUGCCUUUCCCGCGUGGCCGGGCUGUCUCCAGAAGGCGUUCCUGGGUUGUGCAAUACGGGCUGGUGUUUCUGAUUCGCAUCUCCCCUCCUCGCCAGGGGUGGGUGGCAGUGACCGUGCUGUAGGGGAGGUAGCGUCUCCAUUUGCUACUGGUGAAUACGAAAAAGGCAACUGUACUAACCAUAGCGUUCAAGGAUUUAAAUGGCUAAACCAGCUCCAUGGCCGUGCUUUCCGGUAACCCCAGGCACCACGUCAAGCAGAGGUCACAAAUUUGUGCGUUUCAUGUCCGGACUGCCGGGACUGGGCAGCGCCCUGCCUUUCGGUGGGCGUUGUGAGGGGGCUGGGAGGCGCCGUCCCGCGGUCACGAGCCGUCAGCUCCCACAGCACGCGGCGCGAGCGAAGUGCACCGAGUGUCACCCUCGGUCCCGCUCUUCUCUGGGAAGCUGGCUGCGCUCGUCCCAACCCCCCGCCGUGGUCGGGCGUCUCUGAUUUCGAUAGCAGAUUUUAUAUUUAGCGAAGUGUAGGGAGGGGAAAACGCGUGUCCUGGUGGGCCCCACCGUGAGCCCGCUGUGGGUGUCUCUCUGCGUGCUCAAAUACCAAAUCAGGCUU